GAAGAAAAUGGUGUUUGCCCAAAGCAGACAUCUGAAGAAAUGUCUUCCAAUCGUGAUUCAAGCCUUACUAAUGCACCGGUGCAAAGCAAGCUAGUAUCUUCCUUCCAGCAGCACACAAAGAAAGCACUUAAGCAGAGUUUUGGCAUGCAGACCCAUGUAAGGACCUCUUCCUGGGAAAGUACUGAACUACAUCUGCAUCUGCUAGCAGUGGUACAUGGUCACACUACUGUGUGAAUUGUUCUUGCUCUGGACAAGGCUAACUCAAGUACGGACAUCAAGUCAUGCCAUAGUAUCUACCAUGCUCCUCUAUGGUCCAGUUUCUGUUCCAUUGACUUGAGGUGAUACUUUUUUUGGAAGUCUUCGCUAUGUACAGAUCUGUCUGUAUCUAUCAAGAUGUUCUUGGAACAUUUCUCAGAAGAAACGAUCAUACCUGCAAACUGGCCUCACGUAGGUAACACUGAGCAUGUGUGAAUAUCCAGGACAUUGAGGUGGUGUUAGUGUCUGUUGGACUCUGAUAGCCAAGUAUAAGAGCACCUUGUCCAUCAGUGUACCAGUUGUUUCCUGGGGCAGUACCAAGAGAGGAUAAAGAACUUGAAGAUGCACUAUAACGAUGUCUGGGAUGAUAGUAGAGCUCCCAGACGUGGAAGAAAAUCCUGCCUCACUUUUGGCACUUUGGAAUCAGCACCAAGAAGGGUACCCAUAAAUUUUCUGUUGGGAGAAGAGAAGGAUACUCCAUUCAGACUCAGGAUCUGAAUACAGACCAGGACAUGUCUGAGACUGUGCUGGGCAUCCAGAUCUCUUUGUAGAGACAGAAACUCCAGAGACAGCAGCCAAGUGGGUUUGGGAGGAGAGAAGCUCAGGAAUUAAGGGAAUCUACACAAGAUGCUACAAAUUUACCAAGGCCACAGUUGGAGAAUUCUGGCUCCCUAGCUGAAGCAUUUGAUCUGAUGUCUGGCAACAUAAGUGAUGAUUCUUGACAAAUUUUCCUGUCAACAAAUGGAAAACAAGGAAAACAUGUUGCUUUUUGACUUCUAGAGAGACAUGGGAAGGGACAGUGGAAUUUACAAAAUGCAUUCAGGAAAAUGGAAGUUCGAAGAUGAUAAACUAAACUGAUUUUCUGAUUGUCAAGACAAGUCUAGGGAAGAGGACAGAGAAACUAUGGCAGGGAGACUGCAUAAUGGGGAAAAGAAGCUGCAAGAGCAAGAGUUCCAGCAGGAGCUCUUCAGGGAGUACAUGCAUUGCCCGAAGGCAGGCUGCACGGCUUUAAGACAACAGCAGAAAAGAAGAAAUGGAGUCUCAAUGAUGGUAAACAAGACUGUUCCUCGUGUUGUUUUGACACCAUUAAAGGUGUCUGAUGAGCAGUCGGAUUCACCUUCAGGAUCUGAAUCUAAAAAUGGUGAAGCAGAUGGUUCUGAUAAAGAGAUGAAACAUGGGCAAAAGUCUCCAACUGGAAAACAAACAAGCCAGCACUUAAAAAGGUUAAAAAAAUCUGGUUUAGGACAUUUGAAAUGGACCAAAGCUGAGGAUAUUGACAUAGAAACACCAGGAUCUAUUCUAGUGAACACUAACCUGAGGGCUUUAAUAAAUAAACACACCUUUGCUUCUUUACCUCAGCAUUUUCAACAAUACCUCCUGCUUUUGCUUCCAGAAGUAGACAGGCAGAUGGGAAGUGAUGGAGUUUUGCGCCUCAGUAGUUCUGCUCUAAAUAAUGAAUUCUUCGCAUACGCAGCACAAGGGUGGAAACAGCGAUUGGCAGAAGGAGAAUUUACACCAGAAAUGCAGCUGCGCAUCAGACAAGAGAUUGAAAAGGAAAAGAAAACAGAACCUUGGAAAGAAAAAUUCUUUGAAAGGUUUUAUGGUGAAAAGUUGGGAAUGUCAAGAGGAGAAUCAAUGAAACUCACUGCAGUGCAGAACAAUGAUGAAGAUGAAAGCAGUUCUUUGUGUGGAUCUUCUGGCACACCUGGUCCUUCUAAGCAAGCAACUUUUGAGGACCAAGAAGAGAAAGGCGCUAAAAUUCCACCUUUGCCAGAGAGAGAUUAUUGUCCACCUCUUUGUAGUAUGGAACAGGUUCCUGUCAAGGAUCUAACCGCAGAAUCAGAGGAUAUACUGGUACCUGAAGAAUCAAUCAUUCAGGAGGAGAUUGCUGAAGAGGUUGAGACAAGUAUUUGUGAAUGCCAAGAGGAAAACCAUAAACCAGAACAUGAGUUUUCUGAGGAGUCAGUCAGUCCAGCUGGCACAAAUGAAGAAACAGAGGCAGUACAGCUUGCAGACAGCACCGAGUCCUGUGUCAUGAUGAAUGAUGUAACUGAUACUGUAUCCCACAUUGAAAUUAAAGUGGAGUUGAAGUCUGAAUGCCCUCAGGAGGAGAUGUCAGUUGUGAUAGAUCAGCUGGAGGAUUGCAUAUCACCAGCACGAUCAGCUUCAUCCUCAAACUCUGUCAGUGAUACAGCAGAGAAAGAUUCUGAGUCUGCAAAAGAGAUAAUUGCACCAGAAAUGCAAAACGCUGCUCUGGAAGGCUCCUUGUUCACUGGUGGAGGCAUUGCAGUGGAUAUGGAGCUUCAAAGUGACCCUGAGGAACAGUUGUCUGAGAAUGCCUGUAUUUCUGAAACUUCCUUUUCCUCUGGAAGUCCAGAGGGACCAUGUGUUUGCAUUGCCUCCCCUGGAGGAGACACUCAGUCAACUUCAGAGGAACCCUGUACUCCAGCGUCUCUUGAAACAGCUUGCUCGUCUGAAGUGUCCAGCACUGAAAACGUUGAAGGUGAUAUUCAGCAAAAGGCCAGUGAUGAAAAUUUGCACACACCUUUAAUGUCAGAAAUCUCUCCAAUGUCCACCUCACCUGUAACUUCAGAAGCAUCUCUGAUGUCAAAUUUACCUUUAACAUCAGAGGCAUCACCAGCUUCUAAUUUACCUUUAACAUCAGAAACAUCUCCAAUGUCUGAUUUGCCUUUAACAUCAGAAACAUCUUCAGUAUCUUCUGUUCUUCUAACUUCUGAAACAUCCGUAGCAAAUAGUUUGCCUCUUCCAUCAGAGACAUCUCCAGUUUCUAAUUCCCCAAGCAAUGAAAGACUUAUUCUGCAACAAGGGAAAUCACCAUGUUUGUUGGAAGACUCCCUUCCCACUUUGAAAGAAGAAAGCCCUGCCAUUCCUAAGGUGGUUCAAGAAGAGAAUCUUGUUGUUCAGCCAAAGCAACUUCAGAGUGCCCCUGAAAAUAUGAAAGUUGGUCCACUAACAAUUAUGCCUGAUACUUCAGUAUUGGAAGAGCCCCAAAGCAAAAACCUCAGUCAUCAGCCAUGUAAGUCACAUUCUGAAACUGAGAAAUCCUACAUUGCAUCCAUUCCAGAACACUCUCCUCCAGAGGUGAUCAAAAUUAAAAAUCACAGUGUUCAGCAAAGAGGUGACAAGAAAGGUACACUCUUGCCAUCAGAGGUAGCUGUCUUAUCAGAAGGAUCAGUUGGCAAAAAUAUCGAAUUGCUUCCAUCAAAGCCACAUGACAAACUGUAUACCUCAUCUUUAGAGAAAGCUACGUUCUCUGAAGUGUGCAGAAGUAAAUCUCACAAGCUAACAGGCAGCACCCAAAGCCGCCUAGAGAGUUCACAUUCUUCCAAGUCAUUAGAACCCACAAAAUCACCUGAAGUGAGGAAUGAAAGUAGAGACCCAGAGAUCCCAAAGAGGAAAACAGCAGAACAGCACAGUUUUGGAAUCUGCAAAGAGAAGAGAGCUAGAAUAGAUGAUGAUCAGCCUAACCGUAGUGCUUCAUCAACGAGUCCAUCUGAUAAAGAUCAGCCACCCAGAGAAGAACCCCGAGUUCCACCCCUUAAGAUUCAGCUUUCAAAAAUUGGACCACCUUUCAUCAUCAAGAGCCAACCUGUUUCUAAACCAGAACCUCGAGUUUCCCCAAGUACAUCAGUCAGCAGUGGGAGAAACACUGGGGCUAGAACUCUUGCAGAUAUCAAAGCAAGAGCUCAGCAAGCAAGAGCCCAAAGAGAAGCUGCAGCUGCAGCAGCCGUGGCAGCGGCUGCGAGCAUAGUCUCUGGAGCAAUGGGGACCCCAUGCGAAGGUGGGAAGACAAGAACACUGGCACACAUCAAGGAGCAAACAAAGGCCAAGCUAUUUGCAAAGCAUCAAGCCAGAGCUCAUUUACUCCAGACUAAUAAAGAGUCAAAGUCGCAGUUCAGCUCAAAGGAAAGUACCUCAUCUCUGGAGAUACCGACUUCUACUGACGCAAAGAUUGAAGGUUCUACUGGUGUCAUUAUAGUUAAUCCUAACUGCAGGUCCCCUAGCAACAAGUCUGCUCAUCACCGUGAGACUACCACUUUAUUGCAGCCAUCACUGAACACAGCUACGUUACCAGAAACUGCUACUGAGAUACCUGUGCACAGUUCUGAUGAAAAUAUACCUGUGCCACAAUUGUGUGAGAAAAUUAUUUCAUCUACCUCUACUGAAAGUAACAGUGUGCCAGUGCUUUAUAAUAAAAGUUCAGUCUCUGUGUCUGUUUGCAGCACUGCUAUGUCUGGAGCAAUUAAAGAACUUUCUUUUGCAAGUUCUGUUGAUAAAUCCUCUGUUUUAAUGUCUGUUGACAGUGCAAACACAGCAGUUUCAGCUUGUAAUAUAAAUAUGCUGAAAACCAUCCAAGGGGCUGAUACUCCAUGCAUAACCGUUGGACCAAAAUGUAUUGAUAACAGUAAUGUACCAGUCUCCAUAGACAAUACGGUCUUAUCAAAUGCCAUCGAUGACAAAAGGUUGCCGAUACCAAGUAGCAAUGCGAAUAACACAGUCUCCAGUCAUUAUGCCACUGUGCCAGCUUCAUCUAUUGCAAAUAAUUUGCCAAAUCAUCUCUCUGGUAGUUCUGUACUGAUUCCCCCAGUGGGGACUACCAACAGAUUUUCUUCUGAUAAGAUAGCCAUAACUGGGUGUAACGAGCAAAGCCCUGUCUCCAUUCACACUACCGCUAGGUCAGCUUUAAGUUGCAGUGAGGCCCUUGCAGUAGCAGAUUCUGUUGCAAGGCCGCCCAUUUCAAUGUUUACUAGUAACAUGGUGACAAUAAGCUCUUAUGAUAACGCUACUAAAUUAAAUGCUGAUCUCUUAGAAAAAAGCUCUGGAGCACGAAACCGCAUGGAUCUCUCUGGUAAAUCUCAGCCGGUGAGCUUUACACAAACUGUCAUGAACAGGUCUAUACCUUGCAAAGUCAUUGUUGACCACACUACAAAUCUGAAUUCCAGUCUGUCACUUUCAUCUUCUAUUGAAAACGCGGAGAACAGCAUUGACCUGCAGAGCAGACCUGUAAGGACAGAAGCUGCCUUACAAAGUAUAGCCUGUCCCCAGGUGUCUGUCAUAAGCAGGCCUGAAGUGGUCUCUAAUGAAAGCCUUGAGCACAAUUCCAGCUUUAUCACCAUUACAGCAAAGCAAGACAGCAAGAACUUGCAGGCAGGUUGUUCAAGUCUUCGAGAAGUGCCUCUUGCUCCUCAAGAUAAGUUAAUUGAGGUGGUUACUCCCAGCCAAGGUUUUGCUGAGCAAUUAAGAGGUCCUUCAGCAUUUAAAAAUGAAGCAGAUGCUGCCUGUGCCAAUCAGUAUAACACUAACAAUAGAAUUUGUUGGCAUGAUGAAGAGGCAAUGAGUACAGACCAGCCAGUGGUCAGCCAUCUUAACUCCGGUAAGCAUAAGGAAUACACAGAGCAAAACUGCUUAAAAAAUGUCAAAACCGAACCUUCCAGUUACACACAAAUGUCAGAACUGCAAUCCAGGAGUCUUUUGACGAGCAUUGCUGUUCCUGUUAAAUCAGAAACUAAUGAGUCUGACAAGUGCUUCAGGAUGGACACCGAAGAUUUUACAGGACCUGAAAUGCCUGCCCAGACCGGGGAAAUAGCCACGAGUGCGCAGCCGCCGCAGGCCUCCAAGACAUCCAUCGCGGACUCCAUGGAAGACUCCCUGUCCCUGACGACAGAAACCCUAAAGAGAGUUACCAGUGCCGGGGGCUCUAGCUGUCGCUUGUCGUCAGUGGAGGCCAACAAUCCUUUAGUGACACAGUUACUGCAAGGGAAUCUGCCUUUAGAGAAAGUGCUGCCGCAGCCCAGAUCAGGAGCCAAACUAGAAAUUAACAGGCUUCCCUUGCCUUUGCAAACUACCUCAGUAUGUAAAACAGCAGUGUCCGAGAGAAAUAUUGUUGAACAUCCUUCCAACUCUCCUAAUCCAGAUGGUAAAGGAUUUACCGCAGGCAGCAUAGCCCCACUCCAAAUCAGAAAGCGUGAAAACCAUCCGAAAAAGAGGAUGGCCAGGACUGUAGGGGAACAUGCUCAAAUUAAAUGUGAGCCUGGGAAGGUGUCAAUGGACACAGAUGUUAAAGUGGCUCCUUGUGUAAUUAGUUCCAGCAUGAAUCAGCUAGGGCAUGGUCAGCCAUUUAAGCAGGAGUGGCUGAACAAACACGCCAUUCAGAGCCGAAUCGCUCACAGCCCAGAGAUCAAGCAGCAGAAGAGGCCUUUGCCUUCGUGCAGUUUCCAGCAGAGCUUAUUUCACAUUGACAAAAAUGGCAGCUUUCACGCAGAAGCUAGUACCUCACAUAGACAGCAUUUUUACCAAAUGUCCAUGGCUGCGAGAGGCCCCAUUCCUACGGCAGCUUUGUUGCAAACUACUUCAAAAGGCCCACCUGGCUGCAACGCAUUUGCUUUUAGCAGACACCUGGAACAGAAGGGCUUGGGAGAUGUGAAUAUUUCUACAGCAGCUCACCAGCUGAGGCUAGGAAGUGUGUUUUCCCCUAAUAUUCAAAUUAAGGAAGGUGAUGACAUUGCCAGUGCCUCUCAGACUCUGCAGAGUAAAACAUUAGUGCAUCCCCCUCCUCCCCCUCCUCCCCUGCCGCCUCCUCCCCCUCCUCACCCAAAUGCAGAAGUCCCCUCUGAUCAAAAACAACCGACAGUCACUAUGGAAACCACUAAAAGACUUAGUUGGCCUCAGCCAGCAAGCAUCUGUAGCAAUAUAAAAUCUGAACCUAUUUCUUUUGAGGAAGGUUUAAGCAGCAGCUGCGAACUGGGCAUGAAACAAGCUUCCUAUGAUCAGAACGAAGUGAAAGAACAGUUAAAAGCGUUUGCAUUAAAAAAUGCAGAUUUCUCUUCCUAUUUACUUUCUGAGCCACAAAAGCCUUUUACCCAACUUGCUGCUCAGAAAAUACAGACGCAGCACCCACCGCAGCAGCCGCAGCAGCCGCAGCAGCAGCUCUGUGGAAAUUACCCAACGAUACACUUUGGUAGCACAAGCUUCAAAAGGGCAGCAUCUGCGAUUGAGAAGUCGAUUGGGAUUUUAGGAAGUGGCUCGAACACUGCCACGGGCCUGUCUAACCAGAACGCGCAGAUCCCGCUUCAGAAAUUUGCUGACAGUAGCAAUGCCGAUGAACUGGAACUGAAAUGCUCUUGCAGGCUGAAAGCCAUGAUCGUGUGCAAGGGCUGCGGAGCCUUCUGUCACGACGACUGCAUAGGGCCUUCCAAACUGUGUGUAGCUUGUCUGGUUGUACGGUAGGAAAUGAAUCAAAGAUGCAGUAUCCCUUAUCAGCGUGGGAGAGCAGGACAAAGGAACGGAGAAAUUGGAACAGUUUAGGCCACUAAUGGUUUGCAAUUAGUUGAUUUAUUUUGUUUAUUUUUUUUUUGAGGAAACCGGUAGAAGUAGUUUAAAAACAAAAUAGCCUUGUUACUGCAGCUUCUAUGAUCUCUCUUGCUGUGCUAAAAAAAAAGGCAUUAAUGCAUGUCAUUCGUAGCUUCUAUUUAUUUGCACAAAGUGCAGCACAUUUUUUCUCCACUUUUUGAUAACCGAUACAAGCUGCAGGUUGAAGAUGAGUGGAAGAAUAGCUCUGCAAGAAGUGGAGUAACUAUGCAGAAUAGUGACUGUUUUGAGUGGGGUAGUGGCAAGGUGCGGGGUAUUGGCCAUCCUAGCUUCUAAGUUUGCAGUUUUUCUGCUGACAGGAUUGUCUUCUUCAGUUGACUUUCACUAUCGAGGGCUAAAAUACAGUCACUUCACCUAGCAAAAAAUAAGGGAGGAAUUUAGAUUGUUAGAGGAGUUUCCUUACAUGCCCGCCGGGGACUAUGGAAUUCAAAUCUUGCUCCUCAUCUCUUCUUGUUGAUUCCUCGAGAAAGAUUCGUAUAUGCGAUGGGUUAGUGGGACCAACACUGGAAUCACAUUGGCUUCAGUAGAGUCUGGAGAAAGUGACUUCUCUACUGGGAAUUAGAAACCUGUUUUCUCUUCUUGUUUCCCACUCACAUAUUCUUUAUUUGUAUUUUUCUCUAAUCUUUCCGCUCGUUUUGUCAGUCCCAAAUAUAUAUAUAAGGUCAGCCUUAUGUAAUAGGUUCUGGAUGUUUUAGCCUUUCCGUGGCCUAAAAAUCAUGCAUUCGUAUGGUGAAUGAAUAAGGAAAGAUUCUAAUUGUGUAUUGGUUGAAUAUUAGGUUAUCAGUUGUUUUUCCUCUUAUGUGAGUUACUCUAUUUUAAACAACAUCUCAGAGUUUUGCCACUUAAAGUAAUUCUUAGACUUAUUUACAACACUGACUUUUUUUCUCAAAGGAAUCCAGACCCCUUACUCUACCUUUUAGAAAUUUUUGCAAGGGAUACUGCAUCUUUAAAGUAAUCUUCAGUAUUUAUCCAGUACUGUAUUUACAUUUAGGACUAUAGCCGCAUUCCAAAUGCGCUAGCCACCGUAACAGCAGAGAAGAAAAAUGAUACUUUUGGGGCCCUAUUCACCUAAAAGGAAAAUACUAUAAAGGGAUAAAGCACAUGCAGUUGCUGGGGAGAUGAAAAUACCUUGGGUUUUUUUACUCCCACUUCAAGAACACAAAGUGUGGAGUGCAAGUCAUCCAUCUGCCAAUAUGUGGUUGGGUCUGCCCAAAUGUCAGCAUCAGAAAGAAAUGUUAUUUUUACCAUUACAGUAGAACCUCACUAAUCCAAAGACCUUACAGUCUGCUGAAGAAAACUGAUUUUCCUUCCACAGUUCUCAGAGAGCAAUGUAGUACGAAUGUGUGAGAUGUAACACUGCUUGGGUUUCGUGGUGCAAUUUACUGUUGCAUUCUGAAACAUUAGUGUGAAUGAUAGAACUACAUUUAGGAAAUAAAAAGUAUACCGCGUUUUACACUAUACCUUUUCUAUAUGGUGUUUGUUUGCAUACUUAUUCAUAAGCUCUAACUGGAUUCCCUGACAUGGGUGCAUAUUAGUGAGGUUCUAUUGAAUGGAGGAACCACAUUUAUUUUCUUGUGGGACCAUUUUCACAAACAUGAUAAAUGCCAUUUAUUGUCUUAAAAGUGAGCUGGAAUAUCUACAAUGUACAUUCCUGUCACAGGAAGCUCUAUGGUGCACCUUGAUGUUCUCUUUUAUUGUAAUUAGCAACAUAUCGAUAUUAUUUUUGACACUGUGUGGUACAAAGGCCAUUUAUAAUUACACUAACAAAUUUGUUGCUGAUACAAUAAUAUAUUUUUUCUAUACAAAAGUGCUCCUUAAUAUGACAUGUGAGUUAAGAAAUGGCUUCUCAGCACUUUCAGGUCUUCUGGUAGGAAAAUAAGCCAGCCAAGCAAAAACCUAAAAGUAACCACAUGAAAAUUAGCAUCCAGUGCUAUGCCCGCUGCUGGCAAAACAGUGACUGGAAAAUACUCAUGAGUAAGCAUGAGUGGAGUCAGCUCGUGCAUAUAAAAUACAUAUUUGAGGAGCCUUUGUAUUGGAAUUGUAUUGCAUUGUAUUUGUCCUUGGUAGAGGUAGGAUACUUCUAUUUAAAAAAAAGAGAGCAACCAGUCUUAGACUUCUAAUAACCUGUGUUUGUAUAAGCCUGCUGGGAAUCCUUAUUUCUAGCUCAGGUUUUCCUGUCCACAGCACAUAAGUCAAUAUUUGUUCGUACUUGCAUCUUGAAAAACUUCUUGUAUUGACUGACAUAAUAUAGAAAUAAAUUCCAGCCACAAAAUAGUUUUACUUUGUUCAAAGGAUAAGAGUGUGACUAAUGUGGUAGGUAACUCAUUCAUGUCACAUUGUCAUUUUUGUAUCAGGAUUGCAACUUGCAUGUGUGAGGUCAUGAUAAAAUGUUAUUUAAAAUGGCGUUAGACUGGAUGGUGCUAUGUUGUAUUACAAAACUGACCAAACUCUUCCAUAGUGCAGUUCCACUCCUUCCGUUCUUGAGUCGUUGGAGCUGCACCAGGCAUAAACUUGACCAAUAUGUUAGCCAACAGUCGUGAAGUGUUGUUGCAGAUGAUAGUUUUUUAGGGUAUUAAAACACUCAAAAGCAACUGUGGUGACAUAAGAGCCUGACUGAAUCCCAGUGGGACUGAAAACCUUACUUGGAUUCUGGUAGCACACAAAUGCUUGGGGAAGAGUGAGCCUUGGUCUUCAAUAAGAACACAAUCACAUUUAGAGGUUAAUUUUGAAUGACUUCUUUUUUUGUUUCAUUGUCCAGGUUUCAGGCCCAAUGUCAUUGUGUUUUCUAAUGACCAUACAGUUUGCACCGUGGGGUGUUAAUAGUUUAUGCACUGAAAAGUGGUGGAAGAAUUGCUUAAGAACACACUGCUCUGUGUUUGCGUGUGCGUACGUAUGUGUCCCAAUGUCCAGCAUGUAUAAUUUACCUUUUUUUUUCUUUUCUUUUGAAUCUCCAAAAUUGUUCCCCUACUCCUACCCCUGGAGCAGCACUUUUGGGUGAGAGGGAGAAACAUUCUUUUUUUUCUUUCCUCCCUCAUUAUUGUUUUAAUUGCAUACCUGUGAGAUAUGCAGAUAAUGUUAGGGCAUUUGCAGUGUGUGUGUGUUUGUGUGUUUCUGUUCUGAACUAAUUUUCCAAGCAGAAAUUCCCUUUGAAAUAAUGUUAAAAAAGAAAUAAUUAAGAAAUGGUGAACUGGAUGCUCCCUGUUUGCAUUUUAUUUAUCUGCUGAGGUCUAGUACGUGAAAUAGUGUUUAAAAGACAAAAAUCGAGGUUGAGCCAUAAAGCAAAAGGUGUAUUCUCUGUACUAUAUACUUUCUUCUUGAGGGUGGUGCAUGUUGUCAGGGUAAGCUACAGAACGUGCAGGUGGUUUUUCAGGGCCCUGCAAUUCCUUGCACAGUUUUGAAGCUGGUGCAUAUGGUGCUUUAUAAUGCAAUUUCUGAAGUAAAAUUACCUUAUGCUGCACCCCCUUCCCCUUAUAAACACACGCACAAUUUCAGAAUCGGUAUUGUAGCCUCUGGUUUAGCAGUUUCUCCAAGGUGUGGUGAAGUACCAGGAUAAACACUCAAGAUGAGCUGAGAAGCGUCACCGAAAGGGAUCAUUUUAGCUGACACGCGUGAACGGCCCUGCUCUGAGCACUGAAUGGCUUCUGCAGUCUCCUGGCAGCAGCGCAGUGCCUCGUGGCUCUGCAGAACACUGGGGGGGCAAGCAGCAAAAUAUUCAGUGGAUUUAUCAUGGACCCGUGUGGCUAAAUGUUUCUGAAUCUAUGAAAUCCUGUCGUCUUCGGUCAUCAUGCUUUGUCACUGUAAAACCAACGAAAAGAAAAAAGAAAAAAAAAAAAAAAGCAUUUUUUAGUCUAAUUUAAGGAGCUGCUUCUUUUAUAGCACAUAAUAUUUCGCUUUGUACUAUAUUUGAUAGUUAAAGAAUAAUUUAGUCCGUAGAAUAACUUUGUUGUAUUUGUACUGUUCAUGAAUGUUACAAGAAAAGUGCUUUACUUUGUUGCCAUAAUUCUCUUGUACUGCUGUAAAAUAUUUUUUCUGCUUUACGGGAACUUAACUCGAUUCACAUUUUCAGUACAGGGUUUUUUGUGUGUAUGUAUUGUUAUUAUUUUUUUUGUCAGUAUUCUGAAUGUUUACAUCUGUUCGACAUUAGCCAUUCUAUGCCUUUGUAGGGCAGUAUUACUCCUGCAGUAUAACAGCGAUGUGAAAUCCACUCGUACCUAACAUGCAUGAGAAAUACAGAUUUACUGGGGAGAUCCCUAACGUGCAUAGAUGUUUUUUUCUAUCUGCAUUCAGUGAAGUAAAUAAAUACCCUCCUUCAGUCCUCUACCAAAGAAAAUAUUAUUCCCACAGGACAAGCUCGGAAGGUGGUUCUCUGAAUCUUCAGAAGGGGGUGUAGUUGGUUUCAGCGGGAUUGCUACAGUUCAAUGCUGUUAUGCUUUGCUUCGUUACCCCACCAGACAUGACUGGGUGAAACAAGCAUUUUAGCAAUUUUUUUGGUUUGAGACAGUGUUUUGUUUAGAAUUCAGGGAUCAUGCUUUCUUUAAUGGUGCUGUUUGUUUGGUUUUUUUUUUUAAGAAAACAACAUUUUGUUGCCUACAGAAAUGACCAUUCACAAAACCAUAAAUUAAAAUAAUUUGUCUUCAUAACUUCUCUCUUCUCCCUUUCCUUUUCCCCUUCCCUAUGCCUUGAAAAUAACAACUUGGACUUCAAUAUUAAAAUAUUCCGAAAAAAAAAAAAUAAAGAGAUGAAAUAAUACUUGUCAUUUGUUUAUUUAUUUUACGUUCAGUGCCUUAGGCGGGAGAUCCUGCUUGUGCACAUCCUUUGUAUGUACAGGUUGGUGAAAUAGAAAUGUGAGGAAAAUUGGUCCUUUGACAAAGAUUUUUAAAUGACGAUGUAAGACAUAGUCUGAAUGACUUCUGAUGUAACUCAAAUAUUAAUCAUCUUAUACUAGUAGAAUAAAACUAGGUGUUGUAUAAUAAGUUGUUGUAAGUAGAAUAGUCUGUGGAUGAAAGUGAUUAUACUGCUUUCGGUAGGUAAUGCCGGGUGUAUUUCAGUACUUUGCCUCCAUCUGCAGCCCCGUCCAGAACGUGCUUAACACCAACAACAAUCCAGGCAUACACCUCCUUUAUUUCUC